CUCCCUUUUCUCCAGUCGCGGUUGCUUUGACAGAAAGCGAUGGCUGCCACCGGGUCUGCAGCGGUACCGGCGACAGUGUCGGGAAAGCAAGAGUUCUACCAGCUUCUGAAGAGCCUGAUCAAUCCAAGCUGUAUGGUGCGGAGACAAGCGGAGGAAAUCUAUGAGAACAUCCCAGGUCUGUGUAAGACUACAUUCCUCUUAGAUGCCGUCAGAAAUAGAAGAGCAGGUUAUGAGGUGAGACAAAUGGCUGCCGCACUGCUACGACGGCUUUUGUCCUCUGGGUUUGAGGAAGUCUAUCCAAAUCUGCCUUCUGAUGUUCAGAGGGACGUCAAGAUUGAACUGAUACUUGCUGUUAAAUUAGAAACACAUGCUAGCAUGAGGAAAAAACUAUGUGACAUUUUUGCAGUGCUGGCCAGGAAUUUGAUAGAUGAGGAUGGCACGAACCAUUGGCCCGAAGGUUUGAAGUUCCUAAUUGAUGCAAUCUAUUCAAAAAAUGUGGUUCUUUGGGAAGUUGCACUUCACGUUUUCUGGCACUUUCCUGGGAUUUUUGGGAACCAAGAGCGGCACGACUUAGAUAUCAUCAAGCGGUUGCUGGACCAGUGUAUUCAAGAUCAAGAACAUCCAGCAAUCAGGACAUUAUCUGCUAGAGCUGCAGCUGCAUUUGUACUUGCUAACGAGAAUAAUAUUGCUCUUUUCAAAGACUUUGCAGACUUGCUUCCUGGAAUCUUACAGGCUGUGAAUGACUCGUGCUACCAGGAUGACGAUUCAGUACUAGAAUCCCUUGUUGAAAUUGCAGAUACUGUACCUAAGUACUUAGGUCCUCAUUUAGAAGAUACUCUGCAGUUGAGUCUAAAAUUAUGUGGAGACUCUAGACUUAGUAAUCUGCAACGCCAACUGGCCCUUGAAGUAAUAGUGACCUUGUCUGAAACUGCAACCCCAAUGUUGAAAAAACAUACAAAUAUUAUUGCACAGGCCGUUCCUCAUAUCCUAGCAAUGAUGGUUGAUCUACAAGAUGAUGAGGACUGGGUAAAUGCCGAUGAAAUGGAAGAAGAUGAUUUUGACAGCAAUGCAGUCGCUGCUGAAAGUGCACUAGACAGAUUGGCUUGUGGGCUUGGAGGAAAACUCGUUUUACCAAUAACUAAGGAGCAUAUCUUGCAGUUGCUUCAGAGCCCAGACUGGAAAUGUCGACAUGCUGGAUUAAUGGCCUUAUCUGCCAUUGGAGAAGGAUGCCAUCAGCAAAUGGAACCAAUUCUAGAUGAAACUGUUAAUUCUGUUUUACUUUUUCUUCAGGAUCCUCAUCCAAGGGUGAGGGCUGCAGCGUGUACUACACUUGGACAGAUGGCUACAGAUUUUGCACCUAACUUUCAAAAGAAAUUCCAUGAGACAGUGAUUGCAGCUCUGUUGCGUACCAUGGAAAAUCAAGGUAAUCAACGUGUUCAAUCGCAUGCAGCUUCUGCACUUGUAAUUUUUAUUGAGGACUGCCCCAGAUCAUUGCUCAUUCUAUAUUUGGAUGGUAUGGUGAAAAACCUACAUUCCAUCUUGGUAAUUAAACUUCAAGAGUUGAUUCGGAAUGGGACUAAGUUGGCCUUGGAACAGCUUGUGACAACCAUUGCCUCAGUUGCAGAUGCCAUUGAAGAAAAUUUUGUUCCAUAUUAUGAUAUAUUUAUGCCCUCUCUAAAACACAUUGUUGAACUUGCUAUUCAGAAGGAACUCAAGCUUCUGAAAGGAAAAACUAUUGAAUGCAUCAGUCAUGUUGGGCUUGCUGUUGGGAAAGAAAAAUUUAUGCAAGAUGCAUCAAAUGUGAUGCAGCUAUUGUUGAAGACACAAUCAGACUUAAAUAAUAUGGAAGAUGAUGACCCUCAGUCCUCUUACAUGGUUUCAGCAUGGGCUAGAAUGUGUAAAAUUCUUGGAAGUGAUUUCCAACAGUACCUUCCACUGGUUAUUGAGCCUCUUAUUAAGACCGCUUCAGCUAAACCUGAUGUUGCUCUUUUAGACACACAAGAUGUAGAGAAUAUGAGUGAUGAUGAUGGCUGGCAGUUUGUAAACCUUGGAGAUCAACAAAGUUUUGGAAUUAAAACUUCAGGACUUGAAGCCAAAGCAACUGCUUGCCAGAUGUUGGUUUACUAUGCUAAGGAGUUAAGGGAAGGAUUUGUGGAAUAUACAGAACAAGUUGUAAAGCUAAUGGUUCCCUUACUUAAAUUUUAUUUCCAUGACAAUGUGCGAGUGGCAGCAGCAGAAUCUAUGCCUUUUCUCCUGGAAUGUGCAAAAAUACGUGGCCCAGAGUAUCUUGCACAGAUUUGGCAAUUUAUAUGUGAUCCCUUAAUCAAGGCUAUUGGUACUGAACCUGAUAUAGAUGUACUCUCAGAAAUUAUGAAUUCUUUUGCAAAGUCCAUUGAAGUAAUGGGAGAUGGAUGCCUUAAUGAUGAACACUUGGAAGAACUGGGAGAAAUCCUGAAAGCAAAACUCGAGGGACACUUUAAAAACCAAGAGUUAAGACAGGUUAAAAGACAGGAAGAGAACUAUGACCAACAGGUUGAGAUGUCUCUGCAAGAUGAGGAUGAAUGUGAUGUUUAUAUUUUGACCAAAGUAUCAGACAUUUUGCACUCUUUAUUUAGUACUUAUAAUGAAAAGAUCUUGCCAUGGUUUGAACAGCUGCUUCCACUAAUUGUAAAUCUAAUUUGUUCUAGCAGGCCCUGGCCAGACAGACAGUGGGGAUUGUGCAUAUUUGACGAUAUCAUAGAGCACUGCAGUCCAACCUCAUUUAAGUAUGUAGAGUAUUUUCGAUGGCCAAUGCUACUAAAUAUGCGAGAUAACAACCCUGAAGUCAGGCAAGCUGCUGCUUAUGGCCUGGGUGUUAUGGCACAAUUUGGUGGAGAUGAUUAUCGUUCUUUAUGUUCAGAAGCUGUUCCACUACUGGUGAAAGUUAUUAAGUGUGCAAAUUCCAAAACAAAAAAAAAUGUCAUUGCUACAGAAAACUGUAUCUCAGCAGUAGGGAAGAUUUUGAGGUUUAAGCCUAACUGUGUAAAUGUAGAUGAAGUUCUUCCACACUGGUUAUCAUGGCUUCCAUUGCAUGAGGAUAAAGAAGAAGCUCUCCAGACUUUGAAUUAUCUCUGUGACUUAAUUGAAAGUAACCACCCGGUUGUACUUGGUCCAAAUAAUUCCAAUCUUCCCAAAAUAAUCAGUAUAAUUGCAGAAGGAAAAAUUAAUGAGACUAUUAACUCCGAAGAUCCCUGUGCCAAACGUCUAGCUAAUGUUGUGCGUCAGGUACAGACUUCUGAAGAAUUGUGGCUGGAAUGCAUAACUGCACUUGAUGAUGAGCAGCAAGAAGCCCUACAGGAGUUGCUAAAUUUUGCUUGAAGCACUUUAGUAUGACUUGGAUAUCAUCUACUAUAAAAGUAACUAGAAGUCACUCCAAAUACGUGUUGUGAGUGGACUGCGUUGUAACUGAGAGAACUGUUCCUUCUUUGUUACACAGUUUAUAUUCCUUCCGCGUGCUUCUCCAGGAUUAGUCAGUGUUAUAGUCUUCUGUUCACCUUGCAUGUUUACCUCUGAAGACAGAACUUAGUGAUGACUUGUGCUUCCUUUUGUCUUAGUUUGUCACCUCCCCUCUAGUUGAUGUGAACUAUAUAAAUUGUUGCUAUUUGUCUAAAUUACUGCUGCUGGGCAAGCAAUAUACUUAGUGUCAAGAUGUCAUGUUGUCUAUAAAGAGAUGCUAAGAGCUCACUAAUACUGGAAUGGAGAAUUUACAGAAAUUUUGGAUAAAGUAUAAAUAUAACAAAUGUUUUAUUCCUCCCUGAUGAUAUUCCUAGUUUUCAUGGUAAUGGGAGGAUAUUGAAAAUGGAAGAGAGCAUUGAGAUAUUGCAGUGGAUGUGGUGAGUUUCCUCUGUAGUACAUGCGAACUAUUUCAUAAUACCCUUCUAAGAACAUACCCACAUCCUAUUUCUCAAGUUGACCAGCUGAGAAUUAAUGAAAAAAAUUAAAAAUUCUUAGCCAGAGUGGCUUCUGUUAAGUUACCCAGGAUUCUAAGAACCAUAGCUAUUGAAAAGGAUAUACUGGUAUAUCUAAUAUUGAGUAGCAUGUAACAUACUGUAAUAGUGUUUGACAAUAGUAAGUAAUCACUAUUUAUGGAAGUCAGUGUUAUGUGUUUGAGAAAAAUAUUAUGAGUAUAACAUUUUCCCUUUGUAAAGCAGCUCAGCAAUAAGAGAAAUUCUAAUAAAAAAUGGGGGUUAAGUAGAUUAUUUUAAGUUCUUAAUAAUCUUAUUGUUAUACUGAAAAAGUGUUGAGAAAGGGAAGCAAAAUUAAAUUUUUUUUUUUUUUUUUUUAAUAUUUAUUUAUUUUAUUUCUUUAAUCCCUUUUGUUGCCCUUGUUGUUUUAUUGUUGUAGUUAUUAUUAUUGUUGUUGUUGGACAGGACAGAGAGAAAUGGAGAGAGGGAGGGGAAGACAGAGAGGAGGAGAGAAAGACAGACACCUGCAGAUCUGCUUCACCGCCUGUGAAGCGACUCCCCUGCAGGUGGGGAGCCGGGGUUCAAACCGGGAUCCUUAUGUCAGUCCUUGUGCUUUGCGCCACCUGCGCUUAACCCGCUGCGCUACAGCCCGACUCCCGCAAAAUUAAAUUUUUAUCCUGAAACAUGAAAAGCAAAUUUGAAACCAAUCUUAGCAGUAGAUUCAUAUUAUGAGAAAACAGUUCUGUAAAUCUAGGGUUACAUUUUAUUAAUUGGAAUGUCAGUCUUUAAUGUCAAGCUUUUUGUAGGGUAGGAAAAAAGUUUCUACUCAGCAAAUCAUUGAUCUAAAAUUUAAGAACAAAAAUGUCUGUCAUGAAAUCUUGGAGCUAUUGUGAAUAUUGUGGAUAAAAAACAUUUAGCAGAUAUUCAAGACCUAAGUGCUUAAUAAAUGGUAGCUGUUACUGCU